UAACGCGCAUAUUGACAGUCCCGAGAUACACACAUUCCCUCCGUUAUUAGUACACAAGCAAUCAGCCAUAGUCCUUGCAACAUCCCUCAAAUAUUGACAUGUCUUAGUAACAGGUAUCACUCUCCUUGAUCCCGUCCACUGCAAUCAAAUCUUACUAAGCCUACUUCCUAGGAGGAACACGCGGCAUGGGCGAGGCUAUGGCACAACAUUUCCUCCAGGAAGAAGCAAACGGUUCCUACUGUGCACUAACAGUCACAAACACCGAAUUCGAUGAGUUCGACAAGUCCGUUCCAGCAAAAAAUUCAGCUCGGGCAGUAGGAGCCGCGCUGGAUGUGGGUGAUAAACAAGCUGUUGUAGAAUGGGUGAAGAUUUCUGCGAAGAGAUUGAGACGGAUUGAUGUGGUUAUCGCUAAUGCAUCACCGAUGCACAUGGAAGGAGAAACCGAGCACUGGCAAAGCAGCUUCGCAAUCGACGUCAUGGGCUUCGUCGACCUUGUCAAAGCCAAAAUCCCAUAUUUAGAAAAAUCCUCACAAGCAUCCAUCAUCGUCCAAAGCUCAUUCAUGGGUCGCGAAUUCUACCGCAGUCCUCCAGCGGCAUACGGCCCUUGCAAAGCAGCUCAAUUACAGCACGUGCAAAAAUUAUCUCAUUUUCUGGGACCAAAGAAGAUUAGAGUUAAUGCAAUUUCACCGGGCCCGAUACUUUGUAAGGGAGGUCCUUGGGGAAAGUAUUCUGAGAUUAUGCCGGAGUGGGUGGAGGAGCAGCGAUCGAAGGUGCCUUUGAAGAGAUUGGGGGCUCCUGAGGAGAUUGAAAAGGUAGCGGUGUUUUUGGCUAGUCCUUUGGAUAGUUUCUUUACGGGGGCAAAUGUGUUCGUGAAUGGUAGAAUUCACAUAGGAACGCAAUUCUAG